AUGCAAUACCCGGAACGGAUUGGCAAAAGGAGCGACGCCUACACGCUGCUACCCGACAUGGAUUCCAUGGCGGAGGAGAACGUUUCGCUGCUAGCGCCAGGACAAACCCAUAGCAUUAAUACCGGGGACGCCAUCGCGCCCAAUCUACGGCCUUUACGAAAACAGAUCAGCAUGGAUGGGGCAGGUACCGGCGAACCCCCCGAGGAUUCAGCGCUGCGCAGCGCAGUCAACGCGGUGCGCCUAUGGAAGUCUAACACUAAGCGUGCCGCCGUGACGCGCCAUUUGCGCGACGUCAUAGAACAGGUGCUGGAACGGCAUAAGCCCGGAACUGCCCCCGGCAUCGAUCCUCGGCGUAGCAAAUAUCAACAUCUCGCCUCCAAAUGGUGUCUGCCCGCCAAAAUCACCAUCGUGGACUUUGACUCCAAGGAGAUGUCCAUACAGUCGGGUCUAGACAGUUCCGAGCAGCUGUCGGCCUUCCUGAGCCGACCUCGGGAGCGACCCAGAUCACGCGCCCGGCAUAUGAAUUUUGAAUGCAAUGCUGUGUAUCAGGUACUGGCGCUCAAGUUCAACUUGCACCCUCUGGCGCUUGAAGACACAGUGCACGUGCCGCAACGUAUCAAGGCCGAUUUCUACGACUCCUGCCUCUACGUCUCCUUGAUAUACUUGUACCUGGCCCGCGGGGAGGGAAGCGACGACGCCGACAAUGGUACACCCGUCACCGCCGCUCCCGUCACCGCCGCCACGCAGGGUCUCCGCCACCGUACGGCAGCGCCGCCGCCGCUACCAUCCGCCGCUAACUCAUCCUCACCCUCAUCAUCAUCUCAGGCGCGGCCCCGGACCGUUGAGAAGGCUGAGGUGGCGGCGGCUGCAGCCCGGCCGCACUCAAGGCUCCAUUCCGCUGCUGCUGCUGCUGCUGUUGCGGCGGCGGCGGCGCCGCCGCGGGAUGUCGAGGGUCAUGGCGGCUUCUACCCCCUUCCGGGGGUAGAGCAGCGUCAGCUGGUUGGCAGCCCGGGUCCAACACACUACCCCCUACCGUUGCGACGAGGCUGCAUGAGCCUGCCGGCAAGUGCCGCCGCCACAGGAGGAGGAGGAGGAGGAGGUGACAGCAGCACCGGCUGUUCCUCGGUCCACGUGUCAGCUCAACAGGUGUCCUUGUUUCUACUUCGGGGCGAUCACCCCAACACGCUCAUCACGAUCUUCCAGUCCGACGGGUCGCAAGUGACGGAGCCUAUUUUGGCACAGCUCCGGGAGCAGCGGACGCUGGUUCGUGAAGCAGAGGACGCGUCCUUCCUGGCGAAUCUGGUGAUCGACACUAUCGUGGACCACAUCUUUCCGGUUGUGGGCGCCUACCGCGAGCAGCUGCAGCAGUACGAGGGGACGGUGAUGGCGAGCAGCGGCAGCUCCUCCUCCGCCUCCGCUGCCUCCACGCGGGAGCUCCACGCCAUGCAACGCGACCUGCGGAGGAUCGACCGGACCAUCGCACCGCUGCAGGUAGUCGGGUGGGGCUUGCGGAAGAAAAAGGGGGAUGUGAAGGCGGUGCGAAGGGAGUACGAAGGCGAUAUGGGGAUGAAGGGUAUGACGGAAGUGAAGGAGACGACUCCAGGGAGGCUUCGAGGCAUGGGCCCAGGGCCCAACGCGGUGGUUGCCAACAUGGUUUCUCGAGACUCAACGCCCCUCACCGCCGCCGCCGCCGCCACCACCUCCGCUCCUAUUGCUGCCGCCAACGCCACCACCACCACCACCACCACCACCACCAACAACAACAACAACAACAAUAAUAACAACGCCGCGACAGCUGUCCCUUUCUCCACCGCCUCCCUAGUCGUCUCCGCGGCUACAUGUCCCGGUCCAAGUCCCGGUCCUGGCCCCUUCCUGUCCCCCUUGACGUCCACCUACCUGAACGACGUCCGAGACCAUGUGUCGACCAUCUGCGAAGACCUGCUCAGUUUGUCCAGCGAGUGCGGCGACCUCAUCGGCCUCAUAUUCAACCUCACCACGUUGCAGCAAUCACAGUCCACUCAGGCGCUGGCGGUGGUGUCGACAAUCUUCCUGCCAAUCACCUUUCUCGCAGGGGUGUACGGCAUGAAUUUCGACAUAGUUCCGGAGCUGCAUUGGUCGUACGGCUACCUGUACUUCUGGUUGACCUCCAUGGCCAUCGUGGUGGUCUUCAUGGUGGUCAUGCAGCGAGCUGGGCUGUGGUCGUGGGCGGGGUCCGUGGUGAAUCCGCGGUAUCCGCCCUGA